AUGUUUUCUUCCCUCGCCCGGCUGCGAGCAAUUGCUUUCACGCUUUCCUUUCAUGCCAUAUUCUCUUAUGCAUCAGAGAGCUCUCUAUUCACAUCAUCUGUAACAUACUGCUCGACACCGGAGACUCUACUUAUACAACAGUUUGACGUCGAGUAUUUCGCCGCAAACCAAUCCGUAUCCUUCAAUAUCUCUGCCGAAAGUGUCGACUCCAAUGUCAACGUAUCAGCGAGCUUGCUCGUGAACGUGUUUGGGAUUGAGCCAGUCAAUAUCACAAUCGAUCUUUGUGGUAUCCUAAACGGAGCUCUUUGUCCCCUCCCUGAGUACAAUUUUACUGGCUCAGACUCUAUCUCCCUCCCCGACUCUAUCAGUGGCAUAAUUCCUUCUUUCAUAUUCAAAAUCCCAGACCUCGAGGGCUACGCGCAGCUGACGCUAAUUGAAGUGGGCACCGGCGAUGUCAAAGCAUGUGUUCAGGCGACCCUGUCUAAUGGUUUGUCUACUCGUCAACGAGCUGUGGAGUGGACUACAGGUGGCAUCACGCUCUUCACACUUUUAGUCGCUUUGUGGCAGUCCCAUAAUCCAACUGCCAUCCUUCCAUAUCGUUUGCUGGAUUUGAUAUACUUGUUUCAGAGUAUUGCAGUGUCAGCCUUGCUCGACCUCAAUUACCCCGUCACUUACAUAUCAUUCGCCUUGAACUUUGCGUGGUCACUGUCACUGUUCUCAUCAAGCGAUGACUCAAUUCAGGAUGCUAUUAAUAACAUGCGAGCCUUAACAGGAGGGGGACUGGCCAACUCCACCUCUAGUUCUGCCGUUGCAUUUGUCAAUCGCAAACUUAGCCCCUUCAACUCCGAUAGUGCAUCUUCUAGCUCAGGAAGUAUAUCGACCCUAUCAUCAUUAACGAGGAGAACUGUGAAUUCAUCGCUUUUGCAGCAGCGCGAUGUUGCUGUAGUCACGUCGGAAUCGGAUAAUGUUCUUUCGGCAGGGAUUCCCAUCUAUGUGUCUACUAUCAAUAUAGCAACUGCGAACGCAUUCAUGACUGUGUUCUUGUGCACGAUCAUGUUAAUUGCGAUUGCUAUCUUCGUCUUCGGAGUUGGAUGGGCAUCGCUUUUGGCAAUGGAAAAAUUUCGUCUCGGCCCCGAUGAGCGACGCAGCCGGCUCAAACGUACAUAUCCUUCUUGGGUUCGUGCAUGGAUUCUCCGUUUGAGUUUGGUAAUGUUCAUUCCGAUCGUUCUGUUUGGAUUUUAUCAGUGGACGCUAAACGACUCUUGGCUUUCGAUUCUGUUCUCUGUGAUUGCUUUCUUGGGCAUCAUGAUUGCAGUUUGUUAUCCAUCCGUCGUUGUCAUUCGCUCCGUUCGUCGUUCCGAACCCUCAGUGCUGUACACUGACCCCUUCCUUCUCAACUCUUACGGUCCUCUCUACGCACAAUUCCUUCCAUCUCGAUAUUCCUUUUUCCUCCCUGUUGUUGUCGCAGCGUUUUUCAAGGCGAUAAUCGUUUCGUUCAUUUCAUCAAGUGGAAUGGCUCAGAUCAUCCUAUUCCUUAUCCUCGAGGUGGCACUUGUCCUUCGUGUGCUCUUAUUACGACCACACAAAGUUCGCGGCGCUGAUGUCUUUUCAUCAUUCCUUGGUAUCAUCCGUGUCGUUUGUAGUGGGUUGAUGAUCGCCUUCGUUCAGAGCAUCGGCGUUAAACCCAUUCCGCGUUAUGCCCUUGGCCUAGUUUUGGAUGUCAUAAAUUCCAUAACUAUUCUUGUUGUGAUUUUCAACAUUGCUCUCCACUCCGGCCUUCAACGACUUUGGAAGCGCCAUGAGACAUCUACUCCAUCUUCCCGAUCGUCCUCUCUACAUGGAUCUUCAGACAUCAUUCUGGAGAAGAAUGCCGCUUCAUCAUCAGAGGAUUCUUCCAGUGACCCAUUUGGAAGGCCGAGAAACCCUACUCCGGAACGAAAUGUGCCUCUUGACCCCGAGAUCAACCAACCUUACAACCCAUCAAGUCCUACAGCUACAACAACAGAUUACGCUAGCACUCGCCAGCGGGACUCAGAGUCCACGAAUUUUGGCUCUGUUCUUCCCCGCCGAUGGUCUUUUACCCCUCUUCACACACCAACAGACUCGUCCGCCCUAGAUCAUUCCACUCCGUUUGAAAGCACGUUAUCUAGAACGUCCGAGGAACAGCUAGAGAAAGCAUCGCAUUCACGCGAUUGA